AUGGCGAAAAUUAACCUUUAUAAAAAUAAAGAAUUUAAAGUUUUUUCAACUUUGAGACAAAAAACUCAAUUAGAAGAUAAUAAUAAUUCUAAAAUGGAAAAUAAUAAGUUAAAUGAUUCUCUAUCUUUUGUAAAUUAUAGAUUUAUUUAUCCUGAAUUUUUACCAGAUCCUAAUCCAUUAUAUCGUAACAGUAUAAGAGAAAAAUUAGAACGUAUGGACAUGUUGAGUAGAAGAUCAGUUUUGAGUAUUCCUGAAUUUUAUGUUGGUUCAAUAUUAGCAGUAACUUAUUCUGAUUUACAUGCAAGUGAAAAAAUAAAUAGAUUUGUUGGUAUAUGUAUAUUAAGGAAAGGUAGUGGAUUAAGAUCUUCAUUUCUUUUAAGAAAUGUUGUUAAUGGAGAAGGUGUAGAAGUAUCCUACGAUUUAUAUGAUCCUGCUAUUCAAAAAAUUGAUUGUUUGAAAUUGGAAAAAAGAUUAGAUGAUGAAUUACUUUAUCUUAGAGAUGCACCACUAGAAUAUAGUACAUUUCCUUUUGAUAUGGAAAUGGAAUCAACAUUUUCAAAAUCUGUUCCAAUUAAUAAAAUUAAAAUUCCUCUUAAUCCAUUACCUUGGUCAGAGAAAUGGGAACGUAAAAAUCUAAAAGGAGUUAGAGAUUUGAUUGUUAAUGAAAAACGCAGGAAAAAAGCAGAAGCUCAUUUUAAACCAUGGGAGAAAUAUGAUUUGAUGAAAACUUAUAGGGAAACUAUUCCAGAAGAGGAACAAAUUGAAAUAUUUUCAGAUGUAUAUACAGAACUUCGUCACUUAGAAGUACAGAAGAGUAUAUUAAAACGCAAAUAUAUAUUAAAAAGACAAAAAUGAACUACAUAAAUCUUUUUAAAAUUAUGAAUAAUAUUUUUUCCAAUUAAAUAUUAUCUGUAUAUUAAAAAAUGAUAUAAUGUACAUAUUUUUCUUACAUGAUUUCUAAUUAUUUUGUAAAAAUAUAGAUAUACAUAUAUAAUUUAUAAA